GCCUCCAGCAUUCUGCGAGCAAAAGGGGUUUACUCUUGCGUGCGGUUCGAAGCGGGCAACAGAAGGCGCAGCUGUCGGUCUGCAGGGUUGCACCUGAUGAAACCUGAGCAGUAGCUGGAGAGGUUGAGAGAGGUCCGAUGGUGGACUUUGAAGGUACAGCGAGCUCGGUCGCGUUAAGCGCUAAGCCUGUCAGCUGUAAAGCUUUAAUAAGGCGCGUCUCGCGUAUCCGCCCCCUCCCCCUUGCGGUGGCUCUCUGGACGGCAGAACGAACAUGACGGCUCAGCUUCGACUCGAUCUCAUACCAGAAGCAGCCACGCUAGACGAGACGCUCGUUCAAUGGAUGCCAUUUGCGCUCAAGCACGACGGGCCAGCACAAAUCGAGCGCUACUUCGUUGUCCAGUCGGCGCCGCUCAAUGCACAGGCGCAGCCCUUGGCGCCUUCAGAAGCACAGAUCACGACCGCGUCGCUCGGCGUGGAGAGCAGCCAAGCUAGCGCCAGUGAGAUCUCCAGUCAGUCAAUGACGCCGGGGGCAUCGUCUGAUGGCGCCUCUACCUUCACUCCUGCCACGUCCGUCUCGUCUGUCGAAGCGACCAAAACAGCGGUUCCAGCAAAGCAAGGCUGUCAUUACCACCAGGCUAGCUUUAGAGGCAGGCUCAUGUGCGCUCUCGACCUCGACCUGCCGAGCGGCUACACCGGCGUCGUCUUGCAAGCCCAGGGCACAUCACUCCACUCGGCACAGUCCUCAGGGGCGAAGCAUCAAGGCCCCAGAACGCCCCAGCGAGCGCCCAAACGCGCCAAAUUGGAAGGCGUGGUGCCUGGUUUGCGCAGAAGCCCGCGCAAGCAACGGUUCGCGCUAUCGCCCGACUCUUCCCAGGCAGACGAAGACGAAGAGCGCGACGGCCCUGAUACAGCUCAGACACUCGAGCAAGAGGUCGCCCAAUUGUGGCAAGCCAAGACCGCCUCGCUGUCGCGCGAGCCAGCGGUUGAACCGCCACUCGUGCAAGACCUCGAGACGACAAAGACACUCCAAGCAGUGGGCGGCUUCCAAUCGAUACGCGUUUGGCAUCCCGACAUCCUGCCGACACUGGGCAGCGAAGGUCACUCGCGCGCCGUGCACGAAUGGGUCGAGCUUGCUCAUCUAAUCCACGGCUGAAGCUAAUGCAUCUGCUGCAACACUCACUUGCCGGCAAGACGUGCUUCCGCAGCUCGUGCACGGCGCUCUCGCUCGAUGCGCAUUCGUGCAGCUUCGUCCAGGCCGGCAUCGUUGUUACGAGCUCUCUCGAGCUUAGCAGGCGGUCCCCCGCCAAGUCGUCGUGGUUUGACCGACGGAGUAGCGAGUACUUUGGCUCUCUCCAAUGCAACCGUCUCGGCAUCGGCUUCUGCUUGUCGUGCAGCUUCGGCCGCUGCUUC